AUGACUGCAGUCACUAAGCCUAAGCCAGAGAGCAUUGCCAACUUGAGCGAUGAGGAACUUGCUCAAAUGGAGAAGAAGAUGGUCCGCAAGGUUGAUAUGGUAGUGAUGCCGAUCAUCGGCAUUCUGUACAUUCUGAACUAUGUUGAUCGUUCUGGGUUGGCUGCCACCCACGUCUACGGUAUCACCGAUGACCUCAAAAUGUCCGAGACUGAUUUUGCUACCGCCAUCUCGAUUCUCUUCGACAUUUGCCUAAUGGCAAUCAUUUGGGGCGCCGUCUCAGCCUGUACCGCCGCCGUCCAAACGAAAGAACAGCUGUAUGCCGUACGAGUUGUCUUGGGAAUUGCUGAGGCAGCGUACUUCCCAGGCGCUCUCUACUUCCUCUCCGCAUGGUAUAAAAAGGACGAACUUGCGAAACGGAUCGGUGGCGUCUUCAUGUUCCAGGCGCUUGGACAGGCUCUCGGCGGAUUCAUUGCCGCCGCCUGCUUGACUCUCGAAGGCAAGCAUGGCAUCGCUGGCUGGCGAUGGCUCUUCAUUGUUGAGGGCGUCGUUACUGUCGGCCUUGGCCUCAUGUUCGCCCUCGUCAUGCCCGAGUUCCCCCACAAUGCGCGCCUGCUCACCCCUGACCAGCGCGAUCUGGCUGUCUGGCGGCUCGAGAACGAGCGUGGUUCCACUGAGGUCCACGAAGAGAGCAGCGCCUGGGAUGGCCUCAAAGCUGCCGUCGCGGACAAGAAACUCUGGCUGAUUGUAUGGUGCGGCGGAAUGGGGCAGGCCAUGGGUUCCGUGUUCAAUUUCUUCCCUUCGAUCAUCGCCUCUCUCGGGUAUGCCAAGUACGAGAGCUUGUUGCUUACCGUGCCACCUUAUAUUGUUGCCAUGAUUGGGUAUUAUAUUUGCUCGUUCUUGUCAGAUCGCUAUAACAAGAUCUACGUCAUUAUCAUCAUCAAUCUGAUGGCUUCAGCACCAGUGUACAUCCUCGGCAUGAAUGCACCCAACACUGGCAGUCGCUACUUUGCCAUGUGUUUGAUGCCAGUUGUCUCCGUCGCCCCUCAAGUCAUGUUGUACAAAACCAACGGGUUGCAUAUGGCGCGACCAGCCACGAAGCGAGCUUUGGGUAUGGCCUUGAUCAACGGCCUGGGUGGCAUCUCCAACGUGUGGACUUCCUAUUUGUGGAAGGGUGGACCUCAAUACUACAUCGCCUUUGGCACCCUUUUAGGCUGUGCUAUGGUCUUUCUCGGAUCCAUUACGUGCUACAAGUUCUGGGUUCGUCAUCUCAACAAGAAGCUGGCUGGGACAUCCGACCAACAGGCCGAUGUCAUGCGCAAGCACCACGUUUCCCAGGAACAAGUUGACAUGGGCUGGCGUUAUGAAGGUUAUUAG